AAGAAUUCAUCCAUGAUUGUGCUUAUCCCUUUUUUACUAUGGUUCUUUGAAGGGAGCUGCAAGGAUGCACGAUGGAAUGGGGUCCAAAAGGUGCGCCAACAAGGCUAUAGCUACCGGUACGUACAUGUACCGGUACCGGUAGACUAUGUAGCUAGUAACAAGGAAUGGAGUGAUUGAAAUCAUUGAAUGAGUCGAUUCAAUCAAGCAAAUCGUUCAUUGUACCGGUAGCCGUCCGUUUAUCCGCGUUCACUCAUUGAACAGCAAAGAUUCUAUCCAUGUUCGUGUUUUAUCCCUUUUCUACUAUCCUUCUUGAAGGAGCUGUACAGUAAAAGCCACGAUGGAAACCUCGCAUACGGUUGACCUUCUCUGUGAGUGAUGAAAAUAGAUUUGCGCCAACAACGCAAGCUGGCUCUCUAGAUCUCCGUGAAAACCGGGACAGCAGCACCACUCGCAGCCUCGCAGGACUUCCUCUCAAAGCUUCGGCAACCCACCCUCUGGUCGUACCACCACAGCGGUAAACGUCAAUGACAUGUUGGCGGCAACCAGAACACAAUCGAAAAGAGCGCCGACAAGCGCGAUUUGGAACCCAAACAACGAAGAACCCAAACCAAGCAAUUACUAUACUGCUACCGGUACCGCUACGAUUGCUGACUAGCUAGCCACUACCAGCACAGGUACAGCGUACCAGUACAGUAAUCACAACAAAAGCAAGACAGCUUUGAUUUGGUAGUUGAGGUAAAUGUAAGCAUGCCAUAAUUUACAUGGAAAAUUGAUUUAAGAGUACCGCAUCUACCUAUACGUUUCAGAGUUGUCGUCCAGUGGUCACGGCUGUAUCGUCGUUUCGCUUCGAAUGACCAAUCGCUUGACCACCCCGGAUCGGCACAGACCAAGACUUUGUUGCUCUCUCUCUCUCUCUGUGGAUAACCAUUUUGAUUUCUCUCUCCGAAACUGUUGUGGUUUUUCUUCAUCAUGUUGUUGCUAGAAAGUGAGCAACCAAGGAUUCGCACCGUAGAGGCAUACAAGGUGCUGAUUUGCACCCGGCACCACUAAGACAGUCCACAUGCAUACAGACCCAAUGAGACACUGGUAAAGAUAGGAUAGCAGAUAAGCUCACAAUCAGCGAUAAUCAAUUACAAAAGAAGGAUAGGACAAUCUUGAAUAGGAUUUCCAACAUGUCGGCUCUAGCUGGGUUUUCCCUGCUUGAUUUCUGCCUUUUUUCUACCAUUUGCGUGGGAACCCUUGCCUACUACCAAUACAAGCAGUUCACCGAGAAGAAGCCCGAAAAGCUACCUCAAGAUGAUCGAAUCAAAGUUGUUGUGGUGACAGGUUGUGAUCGCGGCCUGGGACAGUUCAUGGCCGGAGCAUGGAGCAAACAAAAUGGAUACCUGGUUGUGGCAUGCACUCUUUCGGACAAAGGCAGUCGUAGCUUUGAAAAUGACAACAUUAUUGCCGUGCAGUGUGAUGUAACCCAGGACGACCAAGUGAAAGCAAUGAAAGAACAGGUGCAACGUCUGCUCGAAGAAAGGAACGCUGUGCUCUACUCUAUUGUCAACAAUGCCGGCAUUGCUGAUCCAGCCAACUUUUUGUUCCAUGACAGUGUGGAAAUUCCCAAGAGGAUCAUGGAAGUCAAUUACUUUGGCCAGUUGUGUGUUACGCAAGAAUUGCUUCCUCUUAUGUUAAUGACAUCCAAUGUUGUCGGUGGCAAGAUCUUCAACAUGAGCAGUGUUUGUGGGGUAAGCUCAAGUCCUGGAAACGGGUCUUAUUCGGCCAGCAAAUUUGCUGUGGAAGCAUGGAGUGAUGCUCUGAGGCUUGAGUUGGAUCAGUUUGGCAUUCAGGUUGUCACAAUCCGACCAGGUCAGAUAGCCACUGGCAUACAAUCGGAUUGGAUUUCUCAUUAUGUCAAGAACUUCCGUGCUGCACCUGCACAAAUCCAAAACCUUCACGGCGGAUCAGCCUUUGCUGACAAGAUGGAAGAGGGCAUCAAAUCCUCUAUAGCUUCCCAUGGUAGGCCAGAACUGGUUGUGGAUAAAAUGACUGAGCUUUUGCUUCAAAGUGACCACAAGAAUUUAGACUGCUCCUACUUCGUUGGUAGUGACGCCAAGACCUUUUGGAGAGCUCUCUACAUCCUGCCUACCGCUGUUGUGCAUACGAUCAAAAGGUCGGUAUUGACAAUUCAUCCACUUUUACCGGAGCUCCCACCAGCUGGUGCAGUUGCUCAUGUGACCAUAACUUGUCGGGAUCUGCAAAAGUCACUCACCUUCUACAAAGCGCUUGGAUUUGAGACGCUCGGCCCUGAAGAACAUGGUUGUCAAUUCCUGCAAUUCAACCCUGCGAAAAACGGCAAGUGGGAAUCAAGGUUCCUUCUGAAAGAAGACAAGAACAUGCCCGAACGCCAGGCAUGUUCUGAUGCUGGCAUGACCCGUAUUUGCAUGCUGACUAACUCGGUUGAUGCACACAUGAAGGAACUUGAGAAACAUGGAAUCAAGCCCAUAGCAUCACCAGCCACUAGUGGCGGCAUGAAGCUCGUGGUCUACAAGGAUCCUGAUGGAUUCGCCGUUUACUUUGACGAGAUUGGAGGAUUGAUUGGCGCCAUCAUUGGCGCUCAACUAUGGUGGAACAAACGUCCCUAUCCCUUUGCCUUUCACUGGAGUAUGAAUGUGACAGACCACAAAAAGAUCUUGCCUAUGUUUGAGGAAAUGGGUUUCAAAACCAUGUCAGACCAAAACAAGGAUCAAGUUGUGAAUGGUCUGCUGCCCGCCUUUAAUAUUGAUGCGGACACGACUGUGAUUGACUGGAUACGCCUGUGCUCGCACCCUAAAGACGGUAUUGUGACCACGAUUAUGAAUUGUACGAACCCUCGAAGCAGCAUCAAUGAGGCGUCUGCAAACAAUGCAAUGACAAUCAGCGCACCAAUGUUACGGAGGCCCUGGCCAAGGCCAAGAAGAUGGGAAUGUACGUGGAAGAGGACAAGCCCACAUACCGAGAGCUCCCAAUCUAUGGCAAUGUGCAGAUUGCGACAGCAUACUUGGAACAGGGCAGCUGUCAAGUUGAAUUUUGCUGUUUCACCAACCGAAAACUAUGCUGAAGGCGUGUUUGUCACACCAGAGUUGAAAUAGAAGGAAGUUUUAAAAAAAGUAUGGUCUGUUUUGAGGUAGACGGCUUCAUGAAUACCAAAAUAAUGACACUGCACUAGCUAGCUAGACCCCCAAGCUUUUCGGUUU